AUGUAAGUGAGCAUUCCCCGAGUCGCUUACAAGUCACACCUGAGGAUUCGAGGCUUUUUCCAAUAACCAAUCAGCCAACGCAAUAUUCUUCUGCCUGCAAGCCCCUCAUUCGAAUACAUCAUCACCGGACGGCUGUCGAAUAGAACUCGACGAUGUAGAAUGAGUCGUUACACGAUAACAUGGAUAGACGCCCGACGUGGCCCUCAGCUGGGAAAGGGGAGAUGAGAUUGUCUGACCUUCGCUAUCUACCACAAGAUAGCUAUCACUUGCGCGUCCGUAGCACGUUAAAUUCAUAAGAUUCCCACCUGAGCACACUUACUGUAUUUCCGAGCUGCGCAUUUCCAAGUUUUUUGUUGUUUUGCCAAUGUCCCAACAAGCGAUCCUAUCCGAGAUGAAUGCCGCCUUUGCCGAGGCGGCCUAUGAUCCGCGGUGCCCAAUAUACGCGUCCUUCUUCGGGGCGCUGGGCUGCGCAGCGUCGAUAGUCUUCACAGUUCUGGGCGCAUCCUAUGGGACCGCCAAGUCAGCCGGGGCUAUAUUCUCCUCGGGCGUCAUCCGCCCUGAUCGGCUGAUGCAGAACACGCUCUGUGCAAUCAUGGCCCAGAUUCUAUCUAUCUACGGGCUCGUAGCCAGCGUAAUCAUCUCGGGCGAUCUAGUAGAGAAAAUGCCCUUGCACCAGGGCUUCCUUCAGUUAGGCGCAGGGAUCAGUGUCGGGCUCAGUGGCCUUGCCGCUGGCUUCGCCAUCGGAAUCGUUGGAGACGCCGGAGUAAGAGCCAGCAGCCAACAACCACGCCUCUAUAUCGGCAUGGUCUUAAUCCUCAUUUUCGCCGAGGUACUCGGUCUCUACGGCGUUAUCGUCGGGAUUUUAAUGCUCACUAAAUCUAAGGAGAACGUUACUCAGUGUCUGUACUAACAUAAUCGAUCCAUCCUAGAGAAUACUAGGUAUAUUAUAAGGGUACACGUGGGUUAGGGGUCUACUGUGGCAAGUUUCAGCAUAGCAGGAUACCGCUCACGGAGUUUGGGGUUUAGAAAUUACUUACCAUUACUUAAAACUGUAAAUCGAGUAUUGUUGUGCCGGUACAUCAAAUAAA